CGCUGUUAUCACUAGUCGCGAAAACAAUAAUAUUAGAAUGACGGGAUAUUCCGACCGUCUUCCUCGCGUGAAUUUUCAUACGCUUUUCACGUCUCGUUCGCGUCGGCAAUCCCGGCCACGUCCUACUCUCCGAGGCCGCCGAUCGCCAUGAACGUCUGUAAGACCGCUGCCGCGUGCGGCCGGUGGUUCGUCGGCAGGACGCCGCCUCGACCCCGGAUGCCGGCCAGGUGCCUGUGGACGAAAUUCAGGGCCAACAAUUUCGGGGCCUACGAAGUGGUGUGCUUGGGCAACGUCAGCGAUCCCAGGCCGGUGCCGGAGUACGUGACGCUGCCGUCGUACGCCAAGACCGGCCGGCCGGUGGACGAGCCCGACCACGAUCGUCCGCCGGAAGUGCAAAACGCGGGCCAGAUCGAGAUGCUGCGGCAGAGCUGCAAGUUCGCCAAGUUCGUGCUGGACAGCGCCAGGGACCGGCUGACGGUCGGCACGACCACCGACGACCUGGACCGGUUCGUGCACGACCUGAUCAUCGACAACAACGCGUACCCGUCGCCGCUCAACUACAGGUGGUUCAAGAAGUCGGUGUGCACGUCCGUGAACAACGUCGUGUGUCACGGGGUGCCCGACGACCGGCCGCUGGUCGACGGCGACCUGAUAUCCGUCGACGUGUCCGUCUACCUGAACGGUUUCCACGGCGACUGCGCGGCGACCUAUUGCGUGGGCGACGUGGACGAACCGGGCCGGAAGCUGGCAAAGGUGGCCGAAAAGUGCACGUACGCGGGCAUCGAGGUCUGUGGACCGGGCAAGAGCUUCGCGGACAUCGGCCGGGCCGUCGAACUGUACGCCCGUCAGCACGACCUCAGCGUCGUGCCCAGCAUCACCGGCCACGGCAUCGGCACGUACUUCCACGGGCCGCCCACCAUCUUCCACUCUACGUUGCACGUUUAUCCGGGCGUGAUGAAACCGGGCAUGGUGUUCACCGUCGAGCCGGUGAUCUGCCAAGGCGACGGCGACGUGGAGAUCUUGGAAGACGGUUGGACCAUAGUGACGGUCGACGAUUCUAGAGGCGCUCAAUUCGAACACACCAUACUGAUCACCGAUCGCGGUUACGAAAUUUUAACGGUUUGAUCCGUUCCUAUUGCUGACACGAGAGCACAAAACCGUUAUGUUAGUGUUGUAUUUGAUAAUUAAUAAUAAUUGUAUGAAUAAUAUUAUGUAAUAUAAAGAAUUUUUCGCAUCA